CAGUAACACACCUUACACCCUGCCCAUUCUUAUAACCACAUACUUCCUAAAGUGACACUCACUCACAAUUCACAAACUAUGGCGUCGGAACCGCCACAACCCACCUUGCCGGAAAACGCCGCCGCCGCAAUGUCCCCUCAAAACCCCACCCAGAACUCCUCCGAAGAACCAGACUCCUCUCUCCCCAACCAAACCACACCAGAAUCCUCGGAGCAACAAAACCCAGCUCCUUCCCAACCCGACCCGGUUCCUCCUCCAACCCGAAGACGCCGGCGUCGCAAGAAAUUCUUCACGGAGUUCAACACCGCCGCCUCAAUGGCAAAGAACCGCCGAAACGACGUCGCGAAGGACGGCGACGUCGAUGCCCUCAUCGCGCUUUCCGUGGGGUUCCCGGUGGAUUCGCUAACGGAAGAUGAGAUUGAAGCGAGCGUGGUGUCCACGAUCGGAGGGGUGGAGCAAUCGAACUACAUCAUCGCCCGGAACCACAUUCUGGCGCGGUGGCGCUCCAACGUUUCCGUCUGGCUCACCAUGGACAGCGUCCUCCGGUCCAUUCGCUCCGAGCACAAGGGUUACGUUGAACCCGCUUACCGGUUCUUAUUGGAGCAUGGUUACAUCAACUUCGGCCUCGCGCCGGAGAUAAAGGCCGCGAAAUCGCGGUCCUUCGACGGGUCCGAGCGCGGGACGGUGAUUGUGAUCGGAGCUGGGUUUGCGGGUCUGGUUGCGGCGAGGCAAUUGGUGUUCAUGGGGUUCAAGGUUGUGAUAUUGGAGGGUAGGAACCGACCCGGUGGCCGGGUCAAGACGAGGAGGAUGAAGGGUGGUGGUGGUGGUGAUGGUGGUAAUGGUGUUGAGGCUGCAGCUGAUAUUGGUGGGAGUGUUCUCACUGGAAUAAAUGGGAACCCUCUUGGGGUUUUGGCAAGGCAAUUGGGUUUGCCACUUCAUAAGGUUAGGGAUCUUUGCCCUCUUUAUUUGCCUGAUGGAAAAUCUGUUGAUACUGAGAUUGAUUCGAGCGUUGAGGUUUCGUUUAACAAGUUGUUGGAGAGGGUUUGUAAGCUUAGGCAGGCUAUGAUUGAAGAGAUUAAGUCGGUGGAUAUGCCGUUGGGUUCUGCUUUGGAGGCUUUUCGGAGGGUGUAUCAGGUUGCUGAGGAUAAGGUAGAGAGGAUGUUGUUGAAUUGGCAUUUGGCUAAUUUGGAGUAUGCAAAUGCUACUCUUAUGUCUAACAUGUCAAUGGCUUAUUGGGAUCAGGAUGAUCCUUAUGAGAUGGGUGGUGAUCAUUGUUUCAUUCCGGGGGGGAAUGAGAUAUUUGUUCGCGCCUUGGCUGAGGGUCUUCCCAUUUUCUAUGGGAGGAAUGUGGAUCGGAUCAUGUAUGGAUGUGAUGGGGUGAGUGUCUUUGCUGGUGGGCAGGAGUUUCGCGGGGACAUGGCGCUUUGCACCGUGCCCUUGGGGGUGCUUAAGAAGGGGUAUAUUCAGUUUGUCCCUGAACUUCCACAGAGGAAGAAAGAUGCAAUUCAUAGGUUGGGUUUCGGGUUAUUGAAUAAGGUUGCAAUGCUGUUUCCCCAUAAUUUCUGGGGUGGAAACAUUGAUACCUUUGGUCAUCUGACUGAGGACUUGAGCAUGAGGGGUGAAUUUUUCCUGUUCUACAGCUACUCCUCUGUGUCUGGUGGACCGCUUCUCAUCGCCCUUGUUGCUGGGGAAGCUGCGAUUAGGUUUGAGAUGAUGUCACCAAUAGAGUCAGUCAAAAGGGUGUUGGAUAUUCUGAAGGAUAUUUUUAAUCCAAAGGGAAUUGAUGUUCCUGAUCCUGUUCAGGCUGUCUGCACUCGAUGGGGAAAGGAUCACUUCGCGCACGGAUCUUACUCUUACGUUGCUGUUGGAUCAUCAGGAGAUGAUUAUGAUUUACUUGCAGAGAGUGUUGGUGGGAGAUUGUUCUUUGCUGGAGAGGCAACUAGCAAACAGUAUCCUGCAACAAUGCAUGGAGCAUUUAUGAGUGGGUUGAGGGAGGCUGCAAACAUUUUGAGUGUAGCAAAGAGGAGGUCACCGGCGCCAGUUGACACAGUGAAAAAUACCAAGGAGAAUGAUGAUUUGGACACAUUAUUUGUAAAACCUGACCUGAGUUUUGGAAGCUUCUCUGCUUUGUUUGAUCCGAAGAUGAAUGAUCUUGAUUCUAGUGCAUUGCUAAGGGUUAAAAUUGGAGGAGCUGUAUUGGAGUCUGCUAGUCUUUAUCUUUAUGCCUUGGUUUCAAAGAAGCAGGUCAUUGAGUUGAGUCAGGUGGAGGGUGAUGAGAACAGGGUGAGAAUGUUAAGCCGCAAUUUUGGGGUGAGUUUGGUUGGGAGGAAGGGUUUAAGUAGUGUUGCUGAAUCUCUUAUUGCAAACAUAAAACUGUGUAGAUCCAUCCAACCUUAGUUAAGCAGAAAAUGGUGUUGUCCACAGGAAUGAAAGUUCUUAGCAUGAUAAUUGGUAUAACCUCCUGGCUCUUGUUAACUGUAUCCAACAUAAAACCUCUGCCCCCUUAGCAUUUUUAGAAUGUAUCAGUAGAGCUCUGACCCAUUAUAGAAGCUUAAAAUGCAUUUGGCACAUUAUGCUGUGUUUUACUUUUCGUGAUGCACAAUGCACCAAAUUUUAGGAUGCUUAUUUUUCUCACCAUUGAAAUAGGAAUGAAGAUCCUCUCAAGCGAAUUGACAAUGUGAAGUGAAAUGUUAUAUUUAUCUCUUUCUUUAUAAAUAUAA